GAUUGUUCGAUCGUUCGAUGGCGAUGAAGGCGUAGUGGACAAACUUAAACAAGCUGUUAGCACAGGUGACACAACAAAACCGGGCAUCGGUCAUGCCACAUCGUUAUCUACAAGUUCGGAUCAACAAACAACAAGUGACAUUCGUCAAUCGAAAAAUGAUUUUGAUAACGAAUCUAUGGAGAAUGAGCUAGACGAGCAAUCAAAAGAACUAAUACAGUCAGAUGUAAGCGAAGAGAAGAAACAAACCUCAUGGAUCGAGGGUAUUCGCCAAGCUAUCUCUGCGCCUCUCGUAGCUGUGACCGAAACCGUUCAAAAAGUAGUUGAUAACUUCCAAUCCACCACAGAAACUGACGAGCAGUUACCCGUGGCCGAAUCGAAUGAACAACAGGUUGAACCAAUUGUCCAGCACACACCAUUGCCGAUAUCGCAGGACGACAAAACAACGAAUCUGGACGCCACUCAACAAGCACAGCUUACUACAGAAGAAUCGUCUGUACCGGUUGAACGACGAACAGAAUCGUAUGAAAUAAAAAGUCCUCUAAAAGAAUUAGAUCCACAAAUUUCACUUAUCUCUUUACCAUAUCUUACCAGUGACGUGUAUUAUGGUUAUCGUGGUGAUCAUCAGAAACCCACAAUCACUCCAGGUGUUCAGUUGAAUGAACUCAAAUCGUCGCCUAGUGAUGACUCGGUAAGUCGGAGUUUUACAGAAUGCAUUUAAUUAUACAUUCUCGCUUUCCCCAAUAUCUCCAUGAAAAUCGUUCGUCUAAUAUGUUUUGUUCUCUCUGAUUUAGAAAC